ACGGAGGACCAAUGUCUGCUCAGUAUCCAGGCUGUCUGAUGCCCAAUGUGGAAAGCGGCAGGGCUGGCGGUGGAGCGGGCUCUGGCUUGUUGGGAGGGUGUUUUUUUUGCACCAAGGCUUGUGCUGGAGUCCAGGGCCGGGGGUAUCUACUACUGGUGGGACUGCACCUUCCUGUCUGCAUGUUAAACAUUGGAGCAAUUCUGAGAAAUAUAUGUUCAUGAUUUUGGUGCUUGUGCUGUGAUUCAAGGCAGGGAACUCGGAGCUCUUGGAUGAUCCUCAGGCAGGGUUUAGGGCUGCUGCUGCCAAGGAUUAAAUGCCCGGCCGGUGGACAGGCGGAGAGUUGAGCUAUACAUAUUCCAUAUAAUUUUGCCUGGGUGGAGUAGGACGGACUUCCAUGCAUCGGGGACUUUGUCUCCCACAGCCAUGCAGGAGACUCCUGAAGUGGCUGCAUACUACUGCUACUACCUUCUGAAGUGGGAUUUGCCCUUGUCCCUACUGAGAGCUGUUUCUGCUGCUGAACAACAACAACCUCCACUUGGCACCCGCUUCCUUUCCAUGCCCUGCACCUUGUAAUCUGUUGCACCCUGGAUUAUAUAGACAAGAGAGCUGCUUGGAUUUAUUUCUUGAAUCAUGGCUUCAGUGUGGAAGAGACUGCAGCGUGUGGGCAAGCAUGCCUCCAAGUUUCAGUUUGUGGCUUCCUAUCAGGAGCUGAUGGUGGAGUGCACCAAGAAAUGGCAACCCGACAAAUUAGUAGUUGUGUGGACUAGGAGGAGUCGAAGGAAAUCAUCCAAGGCUCACAGUUGGCAGCCUGGCAUAAAGAAUCCUUAUCGUGGGGUUGUUGUGUGGCCAGUUCCUGAAAAUGUUGAAAUCACUGUGACACUCUUCAAGGAUCCCCAUGCGGAGGAGUUUGAAGACAAAGAAUGGACAUUUGUAAUAGAAAAUGAAUCUUCUUCUGGUCGGAGAAAAGCUCUAGCAACCAGCAACAUCAAUAUGAAGCAAUACGCAAGCCCGAUGCCCACACAGACCGAUGUCAAACUAAAAUUUAAACCUCUGUCAAAGAAAGUGGUAGCUGCAACUCUGCAGUUCUCUCUAUCGUGUAUCUUUCUAAGAGAAGGAAAAGCCACUGAUGAAGAUAUGCAGAGCCUCGCAAGCUUGAUGAGUAUGAAGCAAGCUGAUAUAGGAAACCUUGAUGAUUUUGAAGAAGACAAUGAAGAAGAUGAAGAGAACCGCGUGAACCAGGAGGAGAAAACUGCUAAAAUUACAGAAAUUGUUAACCAGUUGAAUGCCCUGAGCAACUUGUCUGAAGAUCAGGAUCCCUGCAUAAAGCAACCACAUUUACCUUCAGCUAAAUCAUCCACUCCUUGUGAAGAACUCAUAAAUAAGUUAAACUUUCUGGAUGAAGAGGAACGAGAUUUGAUGAACUCCAGUUCCAACCCAUUUGAAAGUUCUGACACAACCGAUUUCAAUCCAUUUGGUGAUCCUGACGUGGAAGAAAAUCCUUCCGAGCAAGCACCUUCAAAGUCUGAUGACUUAAUUGAUGACUACAAUCCAUUUAAAGAACCCGAGCCUGCGAUUUAUAUCAAUCCUUUUGAUGAGCCAGAUACGGAGCAGGACCAGGCCCUUGAGCUCGGUAAGGACUCUCCACCUCAACCAGCAAAGAGAAAAAACACUCGCCCUGUGGAUAUGAGCAAGUACCUCUACGCUAACAAAGCCAGGCAAGAGGAGGAGGAUCUUGAUGAGUCAAAUCCAUUUUAUGAACCAAAAGAGAAUGUUAACCUUAGCCAGCGCACUGGAGUAAAAGAGCCUGACACUGAAAAGAAGGUGAAAAGGAAAGCACCAGCACCCCCUAUGCCCUCACCAAAGAUAGAAGAGCCAGCGAGAGCACCUCUAGCUGUUCCCGCAGGAAAAGUAAUUGCACCUUCUCCCAAGCCUAGUCCUUUACCAAGUCCAACACUGGGGAGACUACCGAAUGCCAGCCAGUCACUGCUUGCAUGGUGCAAAGAAAUCACAAAGUCUUACAGAGGAGUCAAAAUUACCAAUUUCACUACUUCCUGGAGAAAUGGACUGGCCUUCUGUGCAAUAUUACAUCACUUUAGACCUGACCGCAUUGACUACAAGUCCCUCAAUCCUCAGGAUAUUAAAGAAAACAACAAAAAGGCAUAUGAUGGUUUUGCCAGCAUAGGAAUUUCCCGUUUACUGGAACCUUCUGACAUGGUUUUAUUAGCAAUUCCAGACAAGCUUACAGUUAUGACUUACCUGUAUCAAAUCCGGGCACAUUUUAGUGGACAGGAACUUAAUGUGGUCCAGAUUGAAGAAAACAGCAGUAAAAGCACAUAUAAAGUAGGUGAUUAUGAGACAGAUACAAAUAGUUCCAUAGACCAAGAUAAGUUUUAUGCAGAACUUCAUGAUCUAAAUCAGGAAACAGGUCCUGAACUACAGGAGACGCCUUCCAAUGUGCCCGAUUUUCAACCCCAUGAUGACUCUGCAUUACUACAUGAUAAUGGAAUUUUGGACAGUCAAAGCAUGGAAAGUCAAAACAUGAAGAGUCAAAGCUCUGUAGUUGAAUCUAUAAGUGCUGCAACUGAUUUCACUUGUACCCUGGUGAAAAGUAAUUUAGAAUUACAAAGCCCAGGUAGAACUUUAGAAUCUGAAGAAUCGAGGCGAUGUGAAAGCAACAAUGAGGUUCUCACUCAAGCGCAGCCAUUGGUAACCAAACGAAAGCUGUUAAAGGUUGACACCACAGACCAAACUGAUUUCUCUGAAGUCACCGAACCUAGAAAAGAAACGAUUUCUUCUGGCACUACAAGUAGAGAUCAUCAGCAGCAGAGCUUUGCAGACAAACCAAAUCCAGGCACAUUUACUUCCACAGAAAGUGGUGGGGAUAGUGUUCCUAAAGAUAAAAUAUAUAGUCAAUGUUAUGCAAUAAAUUCUGAGGAUUCCAAUGGCAAGGUUGGAGAGAUUACAUUCAAAGCACCAUCUUUACCCCAGACGGGAAUAAGCAGUCUAAUUGACUCUACAAAGGUUUCAUCUAACAACUCUGAUCAAACUGCAAAGUCAACAGAGCAGCGAAUGCUGUCCAGGCAAGAAGAACUGAAGGAGCGGGCAAGGAUUUUACUGGAGCAGGCCAGAAGGGAUGCAGCACUGAAAGCUGGGAACAAGCAGAGAAACAAUAUGUCCACACCUACACGUGCAAAGCAGCUAAGUGAUCAGCAAGAUGAAGAGCGGCGCAGGCAGCUGAGAGAGCGGGCACGUCAGCUCAUAGCAGAAGCUCGAUCUGGAGUGAAGAUGUCAGAACUUCCCAGCUACAGCGAGAUGUCUGCCGAAAAGUUAAAAGAAAGACCAAAGGCAUUUGGAGAUGAGCCUGACUUUAACAAAGCACUUACUAAUGAGGAAAGUCCUGAUCACACCCUUGUUUGUGGUGGAGGUGAACCUUCUAACACUGAUACUGAUUCCGCCGCUGGUCAUUCUGUGGACGUGAAGUUGAAGAGGCUUUUGGAGGCUCAGCCACAGGUGGCAAAUUCCCUGUCUAAUGCUGCCCAAAAGAUAUCACCAGACGGCACAGAUAGAGACUUCAAGAAUGGUUCCCAAGAUGCCGGUUUUGAGAGACUGCAGAAGGCUCCUGAGCGCUUCAAGAACCCUGUUGUGUUCAAUAAAGAUUCAACAGUCAGAAAAACACAGCUUCAGUCCUUCAGUCAAUAUGUAGAGAGCCGGCCAGAGAUGAAAAGGCAAAGAUCAAUGCAAGAAGACACAAAAAGGGUGAAUGAAGAAGUCGUGAUAACCGAAACCCAGAAGAAACCCUUAGAAGAUGAAGUGCUAAAUAAAGGGUUCAAAGACACCAGUCAGUAUGUAGUCGGAGAAUUGGCAGCACUAGAAAACGAGCAGAAUCAAAUUGACACCCGUGCCGCGCUGGUGGAGAAGCGCCUUCGCUAUCUCAUGGACACAGGACGGAAUGCAGAAGAAGAAGAAGUGAUGAUGCAGGAGUGGUUUAUGCUUGUGAACAAGAAAAAUGCCCUAAUCCGAAGGAUGAACCAGCUUUCUCUUUUGGAAAAAGAACAUGACCUAGAGAGGCGAUUUGAACUACUCAACCGAGAGCUCCGAGCGAUGUUAGCAAUAGAAGACUGGCAAAAGACUGAGGCCCAGAAGAGAAGGGAGCAGCUCUUACUGGAUGAACUGGUUAUUCUGGUUAAUAAGCGCGAUGCCUUGGUCAGAGAUUUGGAUGCCCAGGAGAAACAAGCUGAAGAAGAGGAUGAACACUUAGAGAGAACUCUGGAGCAAAAUAAAGGCAAAAUGGCCAAGAAGGAGGAGAAAUGUGCCAUCCAGUGAUCCCUGCCCCCCGACAAAUUCAAGAAUCUUUUUCGCAGCCGGUUCCCAUAAUUGACAAGGAACUUUCUUUUACAAAGACGCCACUGGGAGGCACAAGGAAUGUUCUGAUCCAGUGAUAUCAGUUCUGUCAGUCUUAUUCAUUGUUCUGUUUUCUGCUUUUUCUUUUAAUUGAGCAGCAUUUGUGCCCCACAAUUCAGUUGACUCUGGCACUAAAGCUGCUGAAAGAAUGACAUAUUCAUUUGGUCCAGUCCCUUAUGGUACCUGUCUGCUGUUGGCUGGGGAAAGAUGGCAGCGAGAUUGGAGGAGUCUGACCCCCGAACUGCAUCCAAAUCUUCUUUCCUAUGGGGCCUGUGUUGCCAGAGACUUUAGUGGAGAGAGAGACUGUCCAGCAGAUAUUUAUAUUUCAGCUUCACAAUGUGUAACGGAUCUUUAUAACGAUGAUCACCUAACCCUGCUAUUUUGUACUAAGCCCAAUGGGACUGGGAUACAUCCAAUGCUUUAUUCCCAAAUACUCGCUCAAGCCUCCCUCUUGUAUUGUAGCCUUCACAGACAAAUCAUAUCAAUGGAAACUGAGCAUUGACUGAGCGCUUCUUCCAUAGGAGGUCUGGCCACAAGAUUCGCAUCCGUUUACAUGUCUCACGCGGAGGCUUCAUUGUUUGUGGGAGAAAAUAUUUAUUUCAUGCUUUUAACCAUAACAGAACCUAGAUAUUAGCCGACGAUAACGCUGUUAAUAUUUAUUUCUGCAAAACCAAUUGCUGUUUGUCUCAUGCCACUCCGUGCAGGUAUAUACAGCCUGGGCAGAUUCCUAUGUGGGACUCGUUCUGUCUAUUUAUUACAGUACUGUCAUAUACAGUUUUCAAUAAACACAAAUCUUUCUUAUAGUA